GGAGAAAGACUUACAUUUCUGCUAGCUCCUCCAGGCGCCAGCCAGGCAGCAGCAGCACCACCGCGUACCCACGUUCGUCGCGCGUUCCUCCGACGACGUUAGGCGAUCCGUGAGGCGAGGAUUCCUUUCUCGCUCUCUCUCUCUCUCUCUCCCGCUCGCUGGUGGUGGUCCAUGUGAGCCGCGCGCCAUCGCCCGGUUUUUGGCGACCCUCGACCACUACGGUACGGUGUGUUCCGGAUCGAUCCGGAUACCGGUCCUCUCCCACCGCCCCCCCCAGUGUGGUGUAGCCCCCCUCCUGACUCGGUGGGCCCGCCCGCAGAGGGUCCGGUCCUGGGGUCUGCCCAGCCCAGCACUACCCAUAACCAGCUGUUUCUUCACACACACACCGACACACACACACACAACGAUGCACGGGACGGUGGAUACCGACAAGAAUGCCGACUCGGCCUCGCUCCGGGAGAAGGUGCAGCUGCGGAAGGGGGAAAAGUGGCGCAUCCUGAAGAACAUCAUCACCGUGUCGUUCGCGUUCAUGGUCCAGUUCACGGCGUUCCAGGGAACCGCCAACCUGCAGUCGUCGAUCAACGCCAAGGACGGCCUCGGCACGGUGUCGCUGAGCGCCAUCUACGCGGCGCUCGUCGUGUCCUGCAUCUUCCUGCCGACGCUCGUCAUCCGGAAGCUGACGGUCAAGUGGACGCUGUGCGUCAGCAUGCUCUGCUACGCGCCGUACAUUGCGUCCCAGUUCUACCCGCAGUUCUACACGCUCGUCCCGGCCGGCAUCCUGCUCGGGCUGGGGGCCGCCCCGAUGUGGGCGAGCCAGGCCACGUACCUGACGCAGCUCGGCCAGGUCUACGCCAAGCUCACGGACCAGCCGGUCGAAGCGAUCAUCGUGCGCUUCUUCGGCUUCUUCUUCCUCGCCUGGCAAACGGCCGAGCUGUGGGGUAACCUCAUCUCCAGUCUCGUCCUGUCGAGCGGUGCGCACGGCGGCGGCGGCGCCUCCCCGGUCGACGGCGGCGCGGGGAACGGGUCGGUGAUUGCGACGCACGACGCCAGCCUGCACUACUGUGGCGCCAACUUCUGUGUCGUGGAAACGUCCGACAACAGCAACCUGCAGCGGCCGCCGGACUCGGAAAUCUACGAGAUCUCGGCCAUCUACCUGUCCUGCAUCGUCGGGGCCGUCAUCAUCAUCGCCAUCUUCCUGGACCCACUGUCACGGUAUGGUGAGCGGCGCCGCGGGUCCAUCUCGGCGACCGAGAUCUCCGGCAUGCAGCUGCUGUCCGCAACCUUCAAGCAGCUGAAGAAAGCGAACCAGCAGCUCCUGAUCCUGAUUACCGUGUUCAUCGGCAUGGAGCAGGCAUUCAUCGGGGCCGACUUCACGCAGGCGUACGUGUCGUGCGCCCUCGGCAUCCACCAGAUCGGCUACGUGAUGAUCUGCUUCGGUGUCGUCAACGCCAUCUGCUCCAUCAUCUUCGGCUCGGCCAUGAAGUACGUCGGGCGGAUCGUCAUCAUCAUCCUAGGGGCAAUCGUGCACGGGGGGUGUAUCAUCUAUCUGCUGUACUGGAGACCCCAUCCGGACCAUCAGCUGGUCUUCUAUAUCCUGUCCGGGCUGUGGGGCAUCGGGGAUGCCGUCUGGCAGACGCAGAUCAACGGUCUGUACGGUGCACUGUUCCGCCGGAACAAGGAGGCUGCCUUCUCGAACUACCGACUGUGGGAGUCGGUGGGGUUCGUGAUCGCCUACGCGUACUCCACGCAGCUGUGCGCCCGCAUGAAGCUCUACCUCCUGUUCGGGGUGCUAGUCUGCGGUAUGCUGGGGUACACGAUCGUCGAGGUGCGCCAGCAGAAGAAGGAGAAGCGGAUGAAGCAGCUCGAGGAGAUACCCAAGCAGCAGCAGACGGACGCGGACCGGAAGGCCAUCGAGGAGGACGACGAGAAGGACGAGCUGGAGGAGGAUAUCGUGGUCACGCACCUCUAGGUCAUACCCCCCCCACCCCCCCCCCCCCCCCCCCGCCCCCGGGAGCACAGCGAGAGGGCGUGCAGUCCGUGCCGUCUCCUCCCAGUGAUGUAGUCACAUACCAACCAGCAAGUAUAAUGGGCGUUUUACGGCCCACCCGAUACAAGUACUGGUAGUCGCUAGUUACAAAGAUAUAUGCGAAUCGAAUAAAAACGAUAAAA